AUGCUUGUGUAUAGGAACGAGUGGGCCACCAUGCGUAACGGGAUACCACGUAUCUGGGUGUUUAUAGCUCUCCCAGCUCUGUGUCUCUUCAUGGCGUAUGCUGCUGAGGAUCUUCCAGCUGAGAGGAAUGGGACUCCAAAAACCUGGGAUAAAAUUAGACAGCAUCGUCGGAGGAUCCGAGAUGACUUCAAUCUGGAUGUGGAUGAGUUGCUUCGAUUUUCGAGCGACAAGGAAGUCUUCACAAAUAAUGAGGAGAAGAUUAUUCGUGGAGUAGGUGAUCUAUCGGAGCGAUUUGAUAAGCUCUUCGACAUCCUUUUCACCAAGAACGUGGAUAGGAUUCCCCUCUUCCUCGAGACCCUUUCUGCCAUGGGGAGGAAUGACAUCAGGAUGUUUUUACAAGGAGGUCCACGCCUGAGUAAAAGUCUCCCCGCUUCCAUCUUCCUUCCAGUUCCCGGUGGAGCUGGUUCUGGUAUUUCCGCCACAGUUGACGCUGGGGAUCGCUGGCCUGACCACCGACGGCUUCCCCUUAUUGCUUUUCGAAUUGGAUUUCUCAAGGCCUUCGUGGAGACCAUUCAGGCCUUCGUGAUAGCCUUGGAGACCUUCUUCAAUGCGUUUCUAGGCAAGUCCCAGGAUGCUUAUUUGGAUCCAUCAUCGGAUAUUUUUUUGGAAGAAAAUUUGGAUGUUACAUAG